CGGCGCACAAGGAAGGGAGCUUGGACGGAGAAAUUGCUCACAAACAGAGGCACUGUUGGCAUCAAAUAAUGAGUAACCAGAGAUCUCAUAGAAGACUGCAAACUAUCACAGGGCAUUUAGCUAAAUCUCCUGGUUUGGAAACCUGUGCUCAAUCACCACASCAAACCCACAAGGAAUUUCCCGGGAGACAUGAUGAACUGAAGUGGAAUGGUUGGGGAUAUUCAGAUUCCAAGUUUGAUAUCAAUGAUAAAGGAAGGGCUUCUUUCACAGGGUCKAGAUAUUUGUUAAGUGGUCAAGUCUUUCCAAAGCUUGUGGAUUGGUUUGAAAAAGAAUGCAGUGCUGAUAUAACAAAAAAAAGCCCAGCAAAUCCUUUGCCAAAACCAGAAUCCCUGCCUAAACCAGUGAUAAAUGAAUCAUUCCUGGAGCAAAUGAAGCACUUGCACAUUGAACAUACUCUUGAUCCAAUCAUGAGGUUAAUGCAUGGUCAUGGCCACACUGGACAUGAAAUAUUUCUGUUGCGUCAUGGUCAUUUUGAGAGAAUUCCAGAUAUUGUGGUAUGGCCAAAAUGUCACAAAGAUGUGGAGAUGGUAGUGCAAGCYGCUGUCAAGUCUAAUGUGUGUAUUAUUCCCUUUGGGGGUGGUACAAGUGUGUCAAGUGCUYUAGAGUGUCCUAGUGAUGAGAACAGGAUGAUAGUGUCUAUGGACAUGACAGAGAUGAAGAGAAUAUUAUGGAUUGAUGAGGAAAACCUAGUUGCCCACAUUGAAGCAGGAAUCAUUGGAGAAGAUCUUGAACGGCAGCUUCAAGCUAAAGGUCUUUGUGUUGGUCAYGAACCUGAUUCACUGGAAUUUAGUUCUCUUGGUGGCUGGGUCGCAACUCGUGCAUCAGGAAUGAAGAAGAAUAUCUACGGUAACAUCGAGGAUAUCAUAGUCCGUAUUAGAAUGGUAACACCUCAAGGAACUGUGGAGAAGAGCUGCCAGGUUCCACGCAUGUCUACAGGACCGGACAUUCAUCAUUUUAUUCUUGGUUCAGAAGGAACUCUUGGUGUAGUGACAGAGGUGACUCUACGCAUCCGUCCUGUCCCGCAAGCCAAGAUAUACGGAUCUGUCGUGUUCCCUACCUUUGAGGCAGGAAUUAUGGCUCUUCGUGAAGUUGCCAAGCAGCGUUGUGCACCAGCUUCUAUUCGCCUUAUGGACAACCAGCAGUUUCGUUUUGGCCAAGCGUUGAAGGGAGAGGAGGGGUCUUUUUUCAGGUCUCUUCUCGAUGGUAUCAAAGCUAUUUAUCUCACGAAGUUUAAAGGGUUUGAUCCAAAUACUUUGGCUGUGGCUACUUUACUAUUUGAAGGCACAAGCGAUGAAGUAUUGAUACAGCAGCGAAGAAUCUACGAGAUCUCUGCUAAGUUUGGAGGAAUUCCUGCUGGCGAAGACAACGGGAAAAGGGGAUAUAUGUUGACGUUUGUCAUUGCCUAUCUCAGAGAUCUGGGAUUCGAGCAUUAUUUUCUAGCAGAAUCCUUUGAGACGUCUGUUCCCUGGGACCGAGUCGCAACUCUUUGUGUGAAUGUGAAAGAAUGCAUCACAAGAACAUGUGCAGAGCUGGGAGUCARGUAUCGACCAUUAGCCACUUGCCGCGUCACACAGACCUACGACGCAGGAGCCUGUGUUUACUUCUACUUUGGAUUUAACUACCAGGGCAUCGAUCACCCUCUUGAAGUCUAUGAUGCAAUUGAGAGCGCGGCGAGAGAUGAGAUAUUGGCCAGUGGCGGUAGUCUUUCUCAUCACCAUGGAGUUGGAAAACUCAGAAAAAAAUGGUUACGAAAAACCAUUUCUGAUGUUGGCAUGGAAAUGAUAAAGUCAGUCAAGAAUUCAAUCGACCCAGAUAAUAUUUUUGGAAAUGGAAAUUUGUACUAGAUGAUAAUAUAUGWAACAUGGUAAACAUAUACGUUACAAAGUGAGGCUGAUAUAUUCAAUUGCUGAAAGGUUGUGGAUUGUGAUAUGUACUUAAGUAUAUGAUGAGAUUCAUAAAACAGAUMAUCAGAUGCAGUCAUCACUUUAAAUUUAUGACAAACAAGAGAAUAAUACCAAAUCAAUAACAUUCCAUGGGAAGAAUGCGCAUGUCUCAAUCUACAACCUUUUUGCAAUUGACUGUUUAUUAUUUCUGUGACUAUAUACCAYGGUUUUUAAUUAUAUUCUUGAAUACUCUGCCUUCUGAAUAUUUUUAUUAGACAUUCAUAAUAAAUGCUCGAAAUGAUGAACACCAUCGCAAAAAAAUGAAAUGACAAUUACAACUUGCUGUUUUUAGGUAUUUUAUGAACAUGGACGUGUUGUUAAAGUGGUUUUAAUAGCAUGUGUUUGUAUGAGUGGGAAUAAUUAUUAAUAACAAAAAUGAGAUUAGGAUAAUACAAUUGAAACAAGAAUKUAUUCUGAUAAAAAUAAUAAUUCACGAUUUUGUGAAAAGUAAUGAAACUCAGUACGAAUUGAAUAACUGGGACGGAUUGUUCAAAGCUCCAUUACCGCUACUCUUGAACUAACUCGUAAAAGGACAUGGAUUAAACCUGUAGAGGAGGCUACUCUAWAUGAAUUCUUUAUAUUACUAUAAUUAUUUGAUUUCUAGAAACUAUUAAUUUAAGGUAAAGGAGUAAAAACCCGUAAUAAAUUGUAUGAAGUGUAUUGUUCUCAGAGUGAAGGGUUUAGAGAUCCCUUUCUUAGUCUAUGAGUAUUUCUAAAUCAAAUGACCGAUUUUAUAUAUCAUAACUUAAUAACUAGAAGCAAAGGAAUAAAGUGAGAACAUGUUUUCUCAGAAUUUAAUUACAAGAGAUAACUGGCGCUAUACUUGUGGUGUGUUGUCUCGGUUUUUCUAAUAAAUAGUGAUUACGAGAAAAAUCUGCAUACACCGUAUAAAGGUAGACACAUCAACAAUUUUGGAAGUUAUUCUUUUUUCGGUUACUGUAUUACUCUUGUCUUUUGCUACGCGCAAAAUAAAAUAUCUUGAUUUCUCAUUC